AUGCUCGCGCUGCAGAUGCGGCGGCCUGCGUGUGAUGAGUCGCCAGGCAGAGGCUUUCAGCGAAUCCAUUCUCCAUUGUGGGAUAUGGUCGAGUACUCGCCGAAAAUAUUCGAUCACGCCAACUUUGAGGGUGCAGGCUCCAAUUCGAUCUUUAAAGGCCUCCCAAGACCUGAACUAGACCAGGCAUGGGAGGGAAUUCUAAAUCCCGGGACGUUCACAGACAGCCUGAUUCUGAUCGAUGAAGAGGCCAUGAUGUCUUUGAAGCAACCGACUCACAAUGCAAAGAAACUCGGCGACAAAUACUUCGCUUACGUCGAUGUAUUCCAUCAACUGCACUACUUGGACCUAAUCCGGAAGUACACAUUUCGCGACCACCAUCUUGAUUUCAUCGCGUUCCAGGACAGUGAAGAUACCAUCUUCAAUCAUGUUGACCACUGCAUGGAUAUUAUACGACAAAAGAUCAUGGUCAGUGCCGUCUUGCUCACGGAUGAAUGA